UUGUUUUCUUUUAGCGAGUGGCUUUGGCAAAUGGUGGAGUUGCUUUGUAGCUCAUUUUGGAGCAAAGCAAGCCACUUAUCUUCCACCGCCAUGCCCCUUUGUUCUCCACAAGAAGCUCUUCUCAGACUCUUCUACAAUGCCUCCUCCUCCUUCCUCCCUCCUCCUCCUCCUCCUCUCCUCCUCCUCCUUCCUCCUCCUCCGCUUCUUCAACUUCGUCGGCAACUACUCCCUCCUCCACCGAGAUCAGCAGUAUGAGUAUGUGUUUUACGAGGAUGAAGACCAGGAGGAAGAAGGAAGGGAAGAAAGGUUUUGUUAUGAUUCGAGGGAUAAUAAUAAUAUCGAGAGAGACCAUCUGGUGGCCGACGUCGUUGGUCGUGGAGAAAGUCUUAUGUUUCUGCACUCCGACCACCACCAGACUAGUCCUCAGUCUUUCUCCGAAGACCUCUUCAUAAGUCCGCGGGAGAGCUCGCUUGAUGAUGAUACCUCCGAAUUGGAAAACCACUAUGCUUCUGAUCAAACCUUGUCUGUUCAUAGAUCUCCACUGGUUUCAGACUUUGAAACUGAAGGGCUUGUUGAAGAAGAACAACAAGAACAAGUUGUUGCUGAUGCUGAUGCUACUGCUGCAAGAGAUCAUCAUCACGCUGAUGAUGAUUCUGUACUGAACACUGUUCCUAUUGAUAGCGACUUAGUGGACAGUGACAAAACAUGUGACGAGGAUCAUGUUACUGAUAGGCUUAUUAAAAACAAGAAAGUGCAGGAGGCCAACUUCAUGGGGGAUGGCAGGUUCUUUGUUUUGGCUCCGACCAAUUUGAAAACGAAGAGGCUGAUUGUUGAAGAAAAGGACGAAGAAGAAAUAUAUGGUGACUCAUGCACUGCGGGGUCCACCUCCAAGAGCUCAUCGGACUGGAGGAGCUCAGCCAUUUGCAGAGAUUCUGGAACCGAUGACCCGUUUUCUUCUUCCUCCAGAAGGAGCUGCCCCAAGUGGGAGUCUUACACCGUGUUCCAGAAGUACGAUGAAGAAAUGACAUUCCUAGAUAGAAUUAGCGCACAGAAACUACACGAAACUGAGUCUUUGAAGUCAAUCUAUGUAUCUCCGAGAUCCAUAUCAGAGCGUAUAGCGUACAAGUUUUCAAAUAUAAACAAAACACCAGCUCACAUACGUCAGAACCCAUACCGGGAGCUGGAGGCUGCGUACGUUGCACAAAUCUGCUUGACAUGGGAAGCUCUGAACUGGAACUACCAGAAUUUUCAGUCAAAGAAAGCAUCGUGUCUUGAUGGUUGUCCUGCCAUCGUUGCCCAACAAUUCCAGCAAUUUCAGGUGUUGCUGCAGAGGUACGUUGAGAAUGAACCGUAUGAGCAUGGAAGGAGACCAGAGAUCUAUGCCAGAAUGAGGCUUUUGGCACCAAAACUGCUCCUUGUCCCAGAAUAUCGAGAUUCGGAGGAUGAUCAGAGGGAGAGUGAUUAUCAGUCAAGAAUAUCGUCGACAUCAUUUCUUAUGAUAAUGGAGGAUGGGAUCAGAACUUUCAUGAAUUUCCUCAAGGCUGAUAAAGAGAAGCCCUGUCAGAUCCUGGCAGCCUACUUUAAGAGAAACCGAAGAAACUCUGUGGAUCCAACAUUACUUCGGCUCAUGAAGAAGGUUAACCAAAAGAAGACGACGAAGGUGAAAGAUCUUCGACGUUCACGGAAAUGUCUGAGGAAGAGGAAGAAGCAGAAGGAGGAUCAAGAGAUGGAGAUUUUGAUGGCACUGAUAGAUCUAAAAGUAGUGUCGAGGGUUUUGAGAAUGAAUGAUUUAAGCGAAGAACAGUUGCAUUGGUGUGAGGAGAAGAUGAGCAAAGUGACAGCGAUGGACGGGAAGCUUCAAAGAGAUUCCUCUCCACUUUUCUUCCCUGCACAUUGACGGGCUGACUCACUCGCCCAGAUUACACGUUUCACAUCAUUAUAUUAAGAUUUCUUAAUUCUUAUUCUUGCUGCUUCGUGACUGGAUGAUGAUUGUGCAUGCAUGAGUCAUGCACAAAGUAAAGGAAUAUCCUCAACAUGCUUUUGUAGGGGUUAAAGCAGAAAAGAAAAUGGAGGGACCCCAUAUAUAUAUAUAUAUCAUCAAAGUAAGAGAGAGAGGGAGAGCCGGAGAGGGAGAGCGCGCGCGCGCAUGGGUUUUGGAGCCAGAAAUCCAUGGAAGGCAAAGUUAAAGAUGAACACUGAAAGGGAAAGACCAGAGACAAAGCAAGGAACAUCAAGACAAGGACAAGAGUAGCUUUCGUUUUUUUUUUUUUUUUCACUUUAGUUUUUUUUUUUUCUUUUAAUUUUUAAAUUAGGGUUUAUCUACUAGGGGGGCUUUUAGACUAAGUUUUAGCGGAAUCUUAAAGAACAAUAAUCCAGACAUCUGCUACACGCAGUAUCUGCAGAAAUAAAGAAGUAUAUAGUACACAUGUGAUAGACUGGAGAAAUAACGGUAGGCAAUAAAUCAGUUUUCUCUUCUUUUUCUUUUGUUUUUGUUUUUGUUUUUUGGCGUCUGAAAUGAAGGGAAAUAAAUUAAAGGCUUGCGUCUUUAUUUUCAUAUUUUAUAAAGUUAGGUCUGCCGUCGGAUUGCAGUGAACUGUAAAAUAUAAUCUGCUAUACUUUCAAAACAAAAAUGAUCUACUCAUAUUGUUCAUAUUUUUUUGUUUGUUAA